AUGAUUAGAUAUAUAUACUCUAAAACAGCUUCUGCAUCUUUAUCAUUAUCAUCAACAUCGUCAUUAUAUUCAUCUGUACUACUUCUAAACAACAGGUCGACAACAACAACAACAACAACAACAACAACCUUUAAUCGUUUUUGUAGUACAACUACUUCUACUUUAUCAUCUUUUGAUACUCAUACAACAAAUAACAAAUCGAAAUUAAAUUAUGCAAGUCAUAAACCACAAAUACAACAUCAAGAUCAUAUAGACUUGAGAAAUACAUUCCCAAGCGAAAAUGUUACUCCUCCUCCUCCUCCCCAACAAUCUACCAUUUGGAACAAAAAGGAAAAGUUUGAAACCAUCAUUGAAAUGAAACGGUUUGACAUCAAGUUGGAUAAUGUAAACUAUUCACUAGACCUAUCUUUGAAUUCAAGAGUAGGUGAUAUUAUAUCACAAGUUUGGCUUAAAAAGUUGGAAUUGGACAGUCAAGAUGACAUCAAGACCUCUGCUGCUGCUGGUGGUACAGUUGGACCAAGACAAAUGAGAAUGAAUCCAUUGUUUUACGAUCAAACAGUGGAAAGAGAAAAAGAAAAGACUAGAAAUGACAAGAGUUCUUAUGUUUUGGUUAUUGAUGGUUUGGCUCAUACAUCAAAUCAUACUGCUCCUCUAAUAGAUUGUAAUUCAAAUUCUAUUAUUAGAUUGGAAUUAAAGUCCGAACAUUCACAUCCAUAUGCAAAAAAAAUAACAUUCUCUAAAGUUGGUGAAGAAUUAUUUUCACUUUAUAAAUCAGCUGGUGUAGAGUUUGAGAAUGAAACACUUGACGAUCAGGAAAUUAGAGAAUAUAUAUCAAUGUUUGAAAAUGAAUUGGCUAUUUGUCAACCUCAAAUGUUACGUGAUAUUUUAAAUGAAAAAAAAUUAAUGAAAAAGGUAUUUUAUUCAAUGAUUGAAUAUAUGGAAGAACAAAUUGCUGUUACAAACCAGAAACAAAAACUUGCUCAUAGAAAAGAAAAUACAAUGGAAGAUUUCCAUGUCUCAGAUCAAUUGAAAACAAUUGCAAAUUUAAAACAUCCUCAUAAUUGGUUCCCUGUUGCAAGAGGAAUGAAAAGAAAAUUUAUUUUACAUGUUGGACCAACAAAUAGUGGAAAGACUCAUAAUGCAUUGAAAAGAUUAAUGGAAGCAGAGAAUGGAGUGUUUUGUGGACCACUUAGAAUGUUGGCGCAUCAAGUAUAUGAGAAAUUAAAUACUGAAAAUAUUCCAUGCAAUCUAACGACCGGUCAACAAGUUAUUGUCACUCCCAAUGCAAGACACACUGCAUAUACGGUAGAGAUGGCAAGCACUAGAGAUGAGGUCGAUGUAGCUGUUAUUGAUGAAUUCCAAAUGUUGUCUGAUAUUGACAGAGGAUUCGCUUGGACACGUGCUAUUCUUGGCAUUCCAGCCAAGGAAAUUCAUCUUUGUGGAGACAAUACAAGUGUUGAAUUGGUCAAACGUAUGUUGGAUUUGACUGGUGACACGAUCGAAGUGAAUUAUUAUGACCGUCUUUCGCCGUUGGUAGUCGAUACCAAACCUGCUAGUCUUGGUCGAUUGGAAAAGGGUGAUUGCGUGGUGGCAUUUUCUAGAAGAGAGGUUUUGACAACCAAGGCAUCGCUUGAAAAGAUGUAUGGAAAGAAGUGCUCUGUGGUUUAUGGCGCUUUGCCACCCGAAGCACGUGUGCAACAAACUCGUGCAUUCAAUGAUACCUCUUCAGAUGUCCAAGUCAUUGUGGCAACCGAUGCCAUUGGAAUGGGUCUCAAUCUCAACAUUAAGCGUAUCAUUUUCUCUACCAUUAAAAAGUUUGAUGGCAAACAACAACGUCUUCUCAAGCACAGCGAGUUGAAGCAGAUUGCCGGCAGAGCUGGAAGAUUUGCUAGCGCAUACAACGUGGGUAUGGUCACUUGCACAAAUGCACGUGAUUUACCAACCAUCAAGAAGCUCCUAGAGCUUCCCAACGUUGCCAACGAGCGUGCCGGUGUUUUUCCACAAUGGGAGCAAUUGGAAACUUUUUCAACACUCCAAGACAACCAUAGCAUACCAUUCUCAGAGUUGAUGACCAUGUUUAUCGAACACACCGAGUUGGACAACCUCUAUUUUUUGGAGGACAUUGAAGACAAGCUCCGAGCGGCCAAGCUCAUUGACCAUUUGGAUAUGGAGGUCUCUGAUCGUUACAUAUUUAUCAUGGCACCCAUCAAGAAUGGUGUCGAGAUUGAAAAGAAACUUGUUCAGUUUGCAACUCAAUUCUCAAACAACAAAGAGGUGCGCCUAAGAGAGAAAAUGCCUGAAUUCUCCUCUUCCGUUUCCAAACAAAAGCAAUUGGUCGAACUUGAAAUCAUCUAUGCCAUCUCUGACCUCUAUCUUUGGUUGGGUCAGCGAUUCCGUUCUCGUUUCCAAGAUGUUGAAAAGGCCAGUCAAAUCUGUAACGAUAUUAAUGAAGCCAUUCCACUUCUCCUACAAGACGAUCGUGAUACCAAUAGUAAAAAAAAGAAAAGAUCAGAUAAUGACAGAGAAAGAAGAAGAAUUCAUAAAGAACUAUCAUUUUAA